UUUACAACAAGCUAGUAGAUUACAAACUAAAUAAUUAUUAAUUUAACAAUGUCGGUAAAUAGUCUAAGAAAUGAUGGCAUAUACUAGUUAUGACUUUGAGUGUAUAGUAGCACAAUACGAUAACACGACGGUGGAUUCGAAAAGUUUGUGACGGUCAACGGCUUAGAGAACGUAUGAUAUCGACGAUUACCAUUCGUGGGGUGAAUAGUAGGGGAGCAGUGGUUCGGUUCGAUAGGCGUUAGUGUUGAAUCUCUUUGAAAAAUCCAUGGUGGCUCACAUAAUGGAGAUGAUACCAAAAAAACACAUACCAAUAACUCAUCUGUAAUCGCGACCAAAUUCUCGACAAUUAUCUGUGUUAGUGAUAACCGUAAUGGUAAAUAGGUAAACAUUGGCAACAGUACGAUUAAACAGCAACAGUGUUUCCUUCGUUGUAGUGGUUGUUGUUUGUGGUGGUUAACAGCUACCGUCUAGUAAUCUUGCGCGUUCGAGUCGAAUUAAGAGUUACUAAUUUUUCUGUCAAUGUGGUACAUCAGUUAGACAUUCGAAGGCGACGUUUUGUUCAGACGCCGUAUUUGCGGUAGCAUAACGCGUUGACGAGCGUUUGCGUGUCUCGUACACACUACACGGGGUAGUUGAAAAUAACAACCGGACGUCCAUCACUUAACGUUUCACGUUUGCAAUUUUAGAUUCUACUGUGCGUAAUAUGAUUGGUGAUCAUAGACGGAACAGCAACACAUAAUUUAGCUAUUCGAGCUAUACUGCCAGUAAUAUUUGUAGUCUGCUUUAGACUUAAACAAGAUGUCGCAGGUGUGUUCCACAUUGCUAAAUUAUGUUGGAGCUCGGGUUAUUCGAGGUCCUAGCUGGAAAUGGAACAAACAGGAUGGCGGAGAAGGUAAUGUCGGAACUGUGCGUAGUUUUGAGUCGCACGAAGAAGUGGUUGUAGUAUGGGAUAAUGGAAUUGCAGCCAAUUAUAGAUGUUCUGGUCAAUAUGAUUUACGCAUUUAUGAUAGUGGACCAACAGGACACUCAAAGCAUAUUGGUACAUCAUGCUAUGCUUGUAAAACAACACCCAUUAUUGGGCAUCGUUGGAAAUGUGUGAGUUGUCCACCUAGGCCCUUGAGUGGAACUGACCAGGAGAUUACAGUCAAUUAUUCUGUAGAUCUAUGUUCUACAUGUUAUCAUGGAGACAAACAUAAUGUUCGGCAUAAGUUUAUAUUGAUUGAACAACCUUUACCACCUGAUUUACUGGAUUCAACACCCCCAUCACCUAUCAUAAAUAUCAAUGGAGAAAGUGUCACAGAAUUAGAGCAAAGGAAAAAAUCCAAGAAAGUUACAAUUCGUGGUAUAUUUACUGGGGCUCGAGUUGCCCGUGGUGUUGAUUGGCAAUGGGAUGACCAAGAUGGAGGAUGUAUUACACAAAAAGGAUUGAAUAAUGAUAUUUCACAAGCAGCCAUUAGACGUGGAAAAGUAUGUGAAAUUCAAGACUGGUCUCUGGUGUCGGGUAGUGUCCGCUCAGCAGCCUUAGUCCAAUGGGAUAACCCUAUUAGUAAUACUGGUGGCAAAAACUUGUAUCGCCUUGGAUUUGAAGGGAUGUCGGAUUUGAAGUGUUUAACUUCGGCCAAAGCACCAACGACUGCAUACAGGGAUCACUUACCAUUAUUAGGACAACACUGUCAUGAGGCUCUACAGCUUUAUGAAUUACUAAGACGAGUUCCACGUGGUUUGAAUCCUAACCAACAACAGUUCCAAAAUUUGGAAAUAGGAGAUCGGGUAAGAAUCGAUUUAGAAUAUGAUGUGGUUCGAGCUUUACAACGAGAUCAUGGUGGUUGGGUAGAAUGUAUGAAUGAAGAGUGUUUGAAAGGAAUGAGGCAAAGUGCCACCAUCGGAUCUAUAAUUGGUUUUGAUGAAGAUCACGACGUUGUGGUGAUGUAUCCAAGUGGCAAUCGAUGGACAUUUAAUGCGGCUGCACUUACUAAAGUUAAUAAUAAUAUUAUUACUCCGACAACAACUGUGGCAAGCAUUGCUAAUCCUUCUGCAAGUUUACCAUCUUCACCACAAGAAUAUUCCUUUAGUGUGGGUUCCACAGUGAAAAUUUCAGAGGAUUUGGACUAUGUACGUCAAUUGCAAAAAGGUCAUGGUGAAUGGGCUGAUGGUAUGGCGAUGACUUUGGGUGAAAUAGGAUACAUACAACAGGUGUACGAUGAUGGCGAUCUUAAGAUAGUUGUAUGCAAUACAUCAUGGACAUAUAAUCCAAGAGCUGUCACUUUAAUUAGUGAAUUCAACAGAAACAAUUCAAUUGCUGCAUCUAAUUCUACUAGUGCUAGUAGAGCGACAGUUUCAAAUAUUGAAGGAAGUCAGGAAGAAUCUCAAAAUGAUACACGUAUCAGAUCAGCAAAUGAAAGACAAGUUAUAGGAAGUGAAUUAGUGAGGUUGGCAGCUAAUGGUGAUGUUGAAAACUGUCGUAAGAUUCUGGAAAAUGAACAAAAUUUUGAAGCAAAUCAAGUAAAUCAAGAAUCCACUGAAGAACUGAUACUGACCAACUUUGUAAGUGGCGGACACACUGCUCUUCAAGCAGCCGCACAAAAUGGACAUGCUGAUGUUUGUCGGAUGUUGAUCAGGGAGUUUAAUACUGAUGUCGAAUUCCAGGAUAAAGAUGGUGACCGAGCUAUUCACCAUGCUGCAUUUGGCAACCAACCACAUGUAAUUCAUGUAUUGUGUGUUGUUUUUGAUGCGGACAUAAAUGCACGGAAUAAACGUGGUCAGACUCCACUACACAUAGCUGUGAAUCGUGGAUAUGCUUAUGUUUGCCGUAUGUUGUUACGUUUAAAUUGCUUGCCAAAUCUACAGGACAACGAAGGUGACACCCCGCUUCAUGAUGCCAUAUCCAGAAAACGUGACGAUUUGGUAGCUAUGUUGAUGGAGGGUGGAGGAGGAUGCAUUGUGACCAAUAAUAUACCAUCAAGUACUGUGACCGCCGCUGUUCUAAAUGGAAGUGAACGCGCUUUCGAUCGUGGACAGCCAAUGCCAAAUCACGUUGAAGUGACCGUGGCUCCUGCUGCAACGAAUACUGUGGCUGCAACAAUAAGUAAUACUGCAUCUGUGAAUCGAGACGAAAAUGCUACAUCGACAACGGUUACAUCGGACAUUAAAAGAGGAGUAUCAAUAGCUAGUGGUCAGAAUGAAGAUGCUACCGGGUGUUCUGCCUCUGUAUCGUGUUCUUCUGCAGUGCCUUCUAUGGCCAUGGAAAUGAACUUGAGUGAUCACUGCAAAGCUAGUACACCAGCAGAAUGUGCCACUAAUAUGAACGCCGAGCUGGGAUAUCCUGCUAUAGGGUCGCCACCGGCUGACCUCAUGGUAGUCAAUACAAAUGGGUUUAAUCCGUUGCAGCACGCCGCACUGCGUGGUAAUCCCGGAGCUACUGCCAUCAUACUAGAUUGGAUCGCCAGCAACGGUGGUCGUGGUAACAAUGCCGCUGGCCACCGAUAUUGGAUCGUGGAUGAGCCCAAAGACGACGGAUACACUGCGCUCCAUUUAGCUGCCUUAAAUAACCACGAUCGCGUGGCAUUAUUACUUCUAGUUCGCGGCCGGGCCGAUCCUAACAAACGUAACGUCAACAAACAGACGGCUCUACAUCUGGCCGUGGAACGCCAACACGCUGACAUCGUUAAGCUCCUCGUCCGUCACGGCGCCGACCCAAACAUACCGGAUAAAGACGGUGAUACGCCUAUGCAUGAAGCUUUGCGUCAUCACACAUUACUGCAGCUGAAGACGGUGGGUACACCUCCAGCGCCUGGGAUGAGCUUAGGAUAUAUGCCAGGAGAUCCAAACUCAAAAUUCCGAGAUGACGGCGGUGGUGGAAUAACACUUCGCAACCUUCUCGCAGGCAAUCGCGUCAUACGCGAAUACCGAAGAUUUGGAGACGAGUGUUCUCCGGUAAGCCGGACUGUGACGAAAGACCCGUGUCCCGUAGAACAGGCAGCCGAGUUGUGGGCUGCCAAAGGCCCAGCGUACUUGGAAAUGUUCGCUUCGCCUGUGUCCGCUGUGCAGAGAUUAAUGGCCGAAUUGCUCGGACAGACCGAAGAAUUUAGACGUUUGCACUUAAAUGCGACAGGCGACGAGAAUGUUUCUGAUGGUGAAAAAAAGGAAGAUGAUGUACCUGCGACGGUAGCUUCAACAUCCGAUGCGAACAGUUCCAUGGCACCCAAAAGCAACAAGCCCAAGAAACUGAAUUACCGACGGCGGAUUAAGAAGUCUCCGUUAUGGAAUGUACGUCAGCAGACCGUGGAUGAUCAAACCGGUCCACAAGUAGCGGGCGAAGCGCGCACCGCUGCCUUGGGCGCCGCGAUGGCAAUUUCUGGGCCAGGCAGCCGAAAUCUUUUGGGCCAGCCCACCCGUGGCCCAGGAUCCCGGUCGGCGCCCACCUCGCCAGUCGCGACAGACAACAAUACGAUCCCGCCACCGCCCAACGCAACGGUAAUCGUAUGCGUGCUCGCUGGCACUGGUCGCGCCGACCUGUGGGUGCGAAACAAUCGUGGACAAACGCCGUUGGAUCUGUGUCCUGCGGACCAGCCGUUACGCCGAGCUCUGAUCAAAUGCUGUGACGCAGCGGCCCGGACCCGCAGCGCUCAGGCCGCCGCCGCAGCCGCGGAAUCCGGUACAUCACCUCCGGCUCCUGCAAAACAGUGGCCUCAGCCGUCACAACUCAUGCUCUACAACAUGCCACCCGACUACACGACUAAAGCGCCCUAUCACGACGCGUACGCCUCGAUAGCUAUCGGUGACCCCGGAUCCCCGAAAGAAUGCUUUAAACAUCCCCCCUUCUCCAAGGAUGGCUUCCCCAAUUUCACCGGCAAGCGAGCGAAUAUCUUUUAUAGAUUGGUGUCCCUUGGCAUUGAAUAUUCUGAGGUCUUGAAGCAGGUGGCACUCAUUGAUCCGACACUUGUGGGCUCCGACAACGAAGCAUCCACAUCGUCUGUUUCCACUGCUGAUGGAGCCACUGUUAACUUGGACAACGAAUACUCGAAUAGUGUGAAUUCUGAAGACCAGGACGAUGAUACUGACAUAAGCCAAGCCUUUGGUGGCCUUAACAUGAACGUUAAUAGCAGCAACAGCAGCUGCAACAUGACAGAUAACAACGGAGGAUCCUCUGCAAGUGGACAAAUGACCAUCACGGCAGGUGGCAGCAACGACAUAGAAUGUUUGCCUUCCACUUCUAACAGCACCAGUUUCACUGUAGCUAAUAACACUGUAACUCAGCAGCAAGAUAAACAAACCAACGGGCAGGAUCAAAAGUCAGUGGACAUCAGCAAUUCACCAGUCCCACAUGAACGUCCCAAACCACCCUCUGAAGUGGCUUCCAAUUCAUCAGACCCUGCGUUGGUGGAAAAGUUAAUGCAACAAUUGAAUGACCUCAAAGAAAUGAAUAUGUGUCCCGUUUGCUUGGACCGAUUGAAGAAUAUGGUAUUUAUGUGCGGACAUGGAACAUGUCAACUGUGCGGAGAUCGUAUGGCUCCUGGUCAACCUUGUCCUAUUUGUCGCAAGCCUGUGGCGCACAAGAUCCUGCUGUAUUAGACAACAUUAAUAACAACUCUACGGACCGAUGCCGCCGAUCUAUACUAUGAUGCCGAUAAAAAUUUAUAUUAAUCCCUUGGGUUAUAAUAACCAUAACAUAUUAUUUAUUAAUUAAUAGUUAAUUAUAUUUAAUUUAUUUUAACAUAAAUCUACUAUAAUUAUUUAAGCAUAUUUAUGUAAGUAUAGUUAUAUUCUAAUGACCCAUAAUCUAACUAUUAAUUUUUCCAGCAUAUAUGAUAAUGAUUAAAAAACAAUUUUUUUAUCGUAUACGCAGUAAGUUCAUAUGAUUGGUUGGAUGUGUUUUACUUGCAGUAUUUUUAAUUUGAACUUUUAGUUACUAGAACUACUAAGAAUUUUUGAGUGUAUAAAUUCAGUUCUGCAUUCUGUUUUGCCCAUACUAAGCAUAUUAUUCAUAAAAGCGUGUUCAGCAUUUAGUAUGUAGAUUACGAUUUUAUAUUUAUUAAUAUUUAAUAAUACUACUAUUAGGUGGAAUGUAUUAUAAUUAAUUUGUUUACAAGUUUAGUAAUUUCUUAGUAAUAUAUAGCCAUAUGAACUAUACAUGUCUCAUAAAAAUUAUUAUAGUUUAUAAUAUUAUAUUUUUAAUUUUUAUU